UACAUCUUAUCAUUACGUGAAGUGUAUUAACACAACGGAGUACAGGCAGAUAUUGAUUUUUACAACUGUAUAUUGUCUCAUGCAAGUAGUCCACAAGAAACGUUAAUGGGACGGGAACCUGUUAGGAGGACUUAUUUUUGAAAGCAGAUGAAACACAUUUGCUGUAAUAAUAUUCCAGGUUCAAUAUUUCAGUUACUAUUAUACAGGCUAAAAAGAAACGCGCUUUACUGCAGUGCAAUUACCGACAAAGUUUGUACAGUGGAUCCGAACUUCAUGAUAUUUUGGAUUAUAGCGUGUUUGUUCUGUUGAACACUUGGGAGCACUAUAGUUUUGUUGCUAACAUAAUAAAAAAGGCUGAAUGAGCUGACCACAAAAAAAAACACUUUUGCCAGAGGUAAUCGAAUGCAGUAUGGACCUUGAAAAUGAUGGCGAAGAAAUCGUUGUAACGACAAAGCUUGAUCCAACUUGUAGUUUGGAUAUUGUAAAAGACGAAAGAGAGUCCAGCGUUCCAGAUGGUGGAUGGGGCUGGGUUGUUGUCUUAGCAACGCUUACGUUUAACAUAAUAUAUGACGGGUGCAGCUAUUCGUUUGGAAUCCUUUACAUGGAUCUGUUAGACCAUUUCGGAGACACAAAGAGUAAUACGGCAUGGAUUGGGUCUUUAUUUUUCGCUGUGCCCUUACUAUGUGCACCAUUUGCAGGAAUGAUAACAAUGAAACUAGGUUCGAGGACAGCAACUAUGUUAGGUGGUCUAAUUGCUUCUGUAGGAUUUGCGAUUGGAUCAUUCUCAAGUUCGAUAUGGAUGUUGGUAAUAUGUUACGGAUUAAUAGGGGGCAUUGGUAUGUCCUUGCCAUAUUUCAAUUCUUUAAAGACAGUUACAGAUUACUUUGAUAAAAGACUUGCCUUAGCAUCUGGUAUUGCAGAAUCUGGUGCUGGUCUAGGAACCGUGAUUUUUGCUCCCUUUACUGAAUUUCUAGUGACAAAUUUCGGAUGGAGAGGAACAAUUUUAAUACUCAGUGGAGUUGUUGCAAAUAUAAUAGUUUGUGGUGCUUUAUACAGACCUUUAGACCGGAGGGAUAAAGUUGUUGAAAUUGAAUUAAUAAAACAAUGUUCUUCCGAAGAAGAAGAGACGUUCAUAAAUGCAGCAGAAAUGAAAAACGACAUUGACUUUAAACCAGGAACAAAUAGUUCUAGAUUAUCCGAGGAAAAUGGUUCCAUAUUAUCUGAUAAAAAUCACACUUCAAAAAUUAAAUCAUUCUGCCAAAGUCACUCAUCUCGAAUGUUCAGCAUUCCGUUUAUAAUAUUUGUGAUAUCAAAUUUUGUGAUGUACUUUUGGUACGAUAUUCCGUACGUAUUCCUGGUCGAUAGAUCAGUUAGUUUUGGAAUGUCUUCACAAAAGGCAUCCUACUUGUUAUCAAUAAUUGGCUUUGUCCACUUAUUUAGUAUAAUUGGCUAUGGGUUGCUCGGUGAUCGCAAAUUUGUAAAUCGUGCAGUUUUGUAUGGACUUUCAACUGCACUGUGUGGCGUAUCUGUUUUGCUUGUUCCAUUUUUCAAGCAAUUUCCCAUUUUGGCAAUAUUGUCAGGGUGUUUUGGAUUAUUUUCAGCAGCGACAGAGGCACUUCUUUCAUGUGUUUUGAUCGACAUUGUUGGAAAGAAGGCUUUUGAUACAUUCUUCUGUGGUUUUAUUCUUUUCAUGGAAGGCGUAGCAAAUCUAGUUGGUCCUCCAUUUGCAGGUUUCUUAAGUGACGUCACGGGAAAUUACGAUGCUGCUUUUUAUGUCGCCGGUGCUUGUAUAACAUCAGCUGGAGUUCUUUACGUGACUUUGUCAAAAGUGAGGAUAAACAGCGAGAAAGAGAAAAUUUAACAAUAAAAAAAAUUUUCACAGUAUUAUGUAUAUUGCCAUUGGCACCAGAUUUAAAAAACGAUUCUUGUUUGAUAUCUCAAGGGUGUGAUCUCACUUCAGAUAUGGUAUUUUUGAUGUGAAAAAAAAACGGAUAAAUUCUUUAUAGAUA